GAAGAGGAGGAGCCGCCGGCCGACUUCAUCUGCCCGAUCACGACCGAGGUCAUGAGAAACCCGGUAAUGGCGGCGGACGGGCAUGCUUACGAGCGGUCGGCGAUCGAGCGCUGGCUCGCGACCAAGUCGACGAGCCCGAUGACGGGCGAGGAGCUCCAGCACACUUGCCUCGCCGAUCAUCACAUGCUCCGCCGAAUGAUUCGAGAGUGG